CUUAAGGCGAACGUGCCCUUCACGCGGACUCAGGGAGCACAUUGCAGUGCGGCUCCUUUAAACGUCGUGGUGACACGUGUGUGAGGCUCUGGAGGCCCGGAUGGUGCGCAUGCUGGCCCGGCCCGGAUCGGACGCUGGUGCUGCGCGGGCCUUCCGCGGGUUCCCGAGAGGCCUAGGAGGUCGAGGUCGGGCGCGGCGGAGCGCAGGAGCUUCCGCGGGGCUUGGGACGAGGAGGGUGCGCGUUCUACCCGCGGGUUUUGGGGACUCCAGCGAAGGCUGACAGGUGCUGGCCUGUUCUGGACUCUACACUUGGCGGUGUUGGUGACCGAGCAGGCUGAAGUCCAGGGGAGCGCCUUCCCGGUCAGUUCCGUUCCUCCCUUGAGAACCUGGUUCCCUUACCUGCUGCAGAGAGAAGCAGCAGCCAGGCACGGGCACCCCAGGUAAGAUAUUGUCAUCUCCAUGCGUGCCACUCGAGAAGCUGGGCUGCUUUGUGUUGUCUUAAAUAAAGUAGCCAUGGGAACCUGAUGGUGACUCUUCUCAGCUCUCCGCCUGGACUAGGAAUGCACCAUGCCUAUAGUCGAUAAGCUGAAGGAGGCUCUCAAGCCUGGCCGCAAGGACUCGGCCGAGGAUGGGGACCUGGGCAGGCUGCUGGCAGCCUCUGCCAAGAAGGUGCUUCUGCAGAGGAUUGAGUUUGAGCCGGCCAGCAAGAGCUUCUCCUACCAGCUGGAGUCCUUGAAGAGCAAAUACGUACUGUUGAGCGCCAGGGCUGAGGGAGCCAGUCGCCACAGGAGCGGAGAUGAACUCCAGGCCAGGAAACCAGGCACCGAGCGUGUGUCUGGAAGUGGAGGCGACGGAGUCCCUGCCCCGCAGAAAGUGCUCUUCCCUGUGGAGCGUCUGUCCCUGAGGUGGGAACGUGUUUUCCGAGUUGGCGCAGGGCUGCACAACCUGGGUAACACCUGCUUCCUCAACUCCACCAUCCAGUGCUUGACCUACACACCACCUCUGGCCAACUACUUGCUCUCCAAGGAGCACGCACGGAGCUGUCACCAAGGGGGCUUCUGCAUGCUGUGUCUCAUGCAAAACCACAUGGUCCAGGCCUUUGCCAACAGCGGCAAUGCUAUCAAGCCCGUCUCCUUCAUCAGAGACCUGAAAAAGAUUGCCCGGCACUUCCGGUUCGGGAACCAAGAGGAUGCACACGAAUUCCUGCGGUACACCAUUGAUGCGAUGCAGAAGGCCUGCUUGAAUGGCUACGCUAAGUUGGAUCGGCAGACACAGGCUACUACCCUGGUGCAUCAGAUCUUUGGAGGCUAUCUCAGGUCCCGAGUGAAGUGCUCUGUGUGCAAGAGUGUCUCAGACACAUACGAUCCCUACUUGGACAUAGCACUGGAGAUCCGGCAAGCUGCAAAUAUUGUGCGCGCUCUGGAACUUUUUGUGAAGUCAGAUGUCCUGAGUGGAGAGAACGCCUAUAUGUGUGCUAAGUGUAAGAAGAAGGUUCCAGCCAGCAAGCGCUUCACCAUCCAUAGAACAUCCAAUGUCCUGACUCUGUCCCUCAAGCGCUUCGCCAACUUUAGUGGGGGGAAGAUCACCAAGGAUGUUGGCUAUCCAGAGUUCCUGAACAUCCGUCCAUACAUGUCGCAGAGCAGCGGUGAUCCUGUCAUGUAUGGGCUCUAUGCUGUCCUGGUGCACUCAGGCUACAGCUGUCACGCUGGGCACUACUACUGCUAUGUGAAGGCCAGCAAUGGACAGUGGUACCAGAUGAACGACUCCUUGGUCCAUUCCAGCAAUGUCAAGGUGGUUCUGAACCAGCAGGCCUACGUGCUCUUCUAUCUGCGGAUUCCAGGCUCUAAGAAAAGUCCUGAGGGCCCUGUCUCCAGAGUGGGCGCCACUCUCCCUAGCCGUCCCAAAGUUGUUCCAGAGCACUCCAAGAAGAGCCCUGGCAAUGGGGUUGUUCCCUCCCCGCUGAUGGCAAAGCGACAAGACUCUGUAAUGAUGAGAAAGCUCCCAGCCCCUGAGGAGGUUGGCGUACCUGUGUCCAGAAAUGGCUCCCUUCCUGGCCUGAAGUUACAGAACGGAUGUGCUCCUGCCAAGACACCUGCCGGGUCCCCGUCCCCAAGACUCACGCCCACGCCCACUCAUAUGCCCACCAUUCUGGAUGAGCCCGGAAAGAAGGUGAAGAAGUCAGCCCCACUGCAGUCUCUCACCACAUCUCCAACCACUUCUCAGGGCUCUCCUGGGACCGGCGAGUCCCGGAGCCAGCGGCCCGGCUCCUGGGCAAGCAGAGACACCAUCUUCUCUACCUCCCCGAAGCUCCUGGCCAGAGCCAUUACUAACGGGCACAGGCUGAAGGGCGAAGGCAGUGGUGUGGACCUGGAGAAGGGGGAUUCAAGCAGCUCCAGCCCCGAGCACUCUGCCAGCAGUGACCCUGCCAAGGCCCCGCAGACCGCAGAGAGCAGAGCUGCGCAUGCCUGUGAUUCUCAGGGAACAAACUGUCCCACCGCUGGCCAUCCCAAAGCGCUGUUGAAUGGAGUAGAUGCCAAGAUGGUGAAGUUGAAGUCCCCGGCCCUGAGCAGCACCACAACCGAGCCCACAAGCCUCAUGUCUCCUCCACCAGCCAAAAAACUGGCCCUGUCAGCCAAGAAGGCCAGCACCCUGCGGAGGGCGACCGGCAAUGACAUCGGUUCACCUUCCCCCUCAGCAUUCUGCGACCUCACCUCCCCCAUGAAAGCCACCCACCCCGUCGUUGCCUCCACUGGGCCUGUCAGUAAGACCAGGACUGCUGCACCUGCCCCCCGACCGUCCACCCACCCCCACUCUGCAUCUCUGUCCAGUAGUAGUGCCAAGCCCUUAGGGACAUCAGAGCCACAGAGCUGCCGCCCCUCUGCCUGGACACCCCUGCCUCAGGUCAAUGGACACUUCACGUCCCACUUACACCAACUGCCAGAGGCCAGCGAGGCCCUACACAGCCCCUCCAAAAAGAGGAAAAAGACCCCUAAUGGAGAUCCCCAGAGACUGGGCAUCGACACGCUCCUCCCACAGUGCCUCAGGGGAGCACCUGCAGCAGCACGCAGGAAGAGAAAGAAGAGGUGCUCGGAGGGUGAGGGUGCCACAGCUCCCAAGCAGGAAGGCCAAUUUCAGGACCAGUCUUGGAGUUCCGGGAGCCAGAAGGAAGAGGGUACGCAGCCCCAGGUAAAUGGCCAUCAAGUGAGUCACAUUCUGGACAGUUACCAUGUGAGCAGCAGGAAAAGGAGGAAGAGGAAAAGAUCGGAAGGACUCAGCCAGGAAGCCACCCCGUCGCAGGACCUAAUUCAGCACAGCUGCUCCCCUGUAGACCACAGUGAGCCUGAGGCCAGGACAGAGUUGCAGAAGAAGAAGAAGAAGAAAAGAAGGAAAAGAAAGCCCGAGCCACAGCAGGAUGAAGAGAGCAAGCACCCAGGAGACCAGAGGAGCCCAAGGCCCAGUGUCACCCCAGUCCCUGCGUUGAGUGUGAAUGGCCAUCUUCCUAGUGACUGCUUGGGGCUGGGACAAGCACCUCUCGUUACCUGGAACAGAGAUCAGGAACCCGAUGUGGUCCAGGCGUUGCUUCAGGACUCAUCUGAUAAGGCUUAUGGGAAAAAAGUUUUGACCUGGGAUGGCGAGCCUUCAGCCAUCAGUCAGGACGCCAUCAAAGACAGCAGACUAGCCCGGACCCAGACCGUGGUUGACGACUGGGAUGAAGAGUUUGAUCGAGGGAAGGAAAAGAAAAUUAAAAAGUUCAAGAGAGAAAAGAAGAGAAACUUCAAUGCCUUCCAGAAGCUUCAGAGUAGGCGCAACUUUUGGUCUGUGACGCAUCCUGCUAAGGUGGCCAGCCUCAGCUAUCGCCGCUGAGCUUGCUGUGGCCAUUAGAGGAAGAGCAGUGUGCCUGUGCCACAGCAUCCAGAGCUGUCACAUCACAUCCUUGGAGCUGUCUGCUUGGAUCUGAGGAUCGCAUCGUGCAUGGUCAUGGUGGAGGCUCCUGGUCCCACUGUUCACAGAUGAUCCGGUGCAAGUGCUCAGCUCAGGGCCUCUGGUGGUUUCACGUUGAACCUCACAAGAGAAAACCUGGCCUGUGGUGUCAUGCUGACAGUAACCUUGGAGACCUCUGGAAAGGUUGAGCAUCUUCCUCAUAGACCUGUGGUCCAGUAGGAACACCGUUCCUGGCCUGGGGCUGUCAGAUAAGGAACAGAGGCCAGGGUGGCAUUUGGUGGUGCCUUUUCUGGUGAGCUGUCCUUUGCUCUCUGAAGCUGGAGCUGUCUCGUGGCUCUCCUCUCAGAGGGGCCUCUGUAUGACUGACUAUCAGCUGCAACAAGAACAAGCCCUGCUGACUGCACUGCCCCCAUCCCCACCCCCAAAGUGCAUCUCCUUGAAAGACCACCACUUCUUCCAGAAAGCUGCAGCUGCUGGGCAGGGAGAGCCUCUGCUUCCGUGGCUGCCAGCCCUGCGGGGAGACUGGCAAGCUCCCGCAUCUGCCACAACCUGUGGAUCUCUGUCAAGGUGGUGGUCUUUAGAGACGAAUUCUCCGUUAUUUUACUACUUACGAUAAAGCCUUUAUUUUUGACCAGGCCUGUGGCUACCAGUAGCAAUAUGUUUCUCUAAUAUGCAGACACUGGCUUUGUUUGCUCAAUUUUGUGAGUGCUUUGACAUUGACAUGAUCUCCUUCCCUGUCUUGCUCAAGCUGCCCCUAUGGACUUAGGGUUAACAAACAAGACUCCUCACCCAGGAGACAGAAGGUGCCAGAAGGUUCCUCCUCAUGGGGUGCAUCUCUUCGUUCCCCAAGCCCCAGCCUGCUCUGGGCUGGGCUCCUAGUCUGGGCCUCUUGGGAGCGCUGGAGCUGCCUCUCAUUUCCAUGUGUAGCGUUCUGUUCAGCUGCAGGCUCAGGGUCUUACUUGCUGCAGAUGUGGGAAGAAAGGGUUGUGUUCUCCGUGGGCCGGAGUUGAGGUCCUGUUUCUGUGUGGGUGUUUCCUUCCUGUCUGUUUCUUUCCCUUUAGAGAAAAGGCGAGAACAGUGCCCCUCGAUGGGUCUGCUGGUGAGUGAGUCUUCCAGCUGUAUGCGAUGGUCCUUGUGUGGCUGCUGUCUGGAUAUUGUGUCUGGGAGUGCUGUGGGCUCCGUGUUCUCUCAGAGGGGGGCAGGGACCGUCCUUCUGAGGUACUGCCAUCCUUCCUGUAGCAGCUGCUUCCUGGGUACAUUGGUUUUCUUUACAGCCUUCUCUAGUAGAAAGGUGUAAAGCUGCCAGCACAGAACUGAUCUGUCUUCCGUGUCUCCUCAGAUUGGUUCCUUCCUUUGUGCUCUAGAUUACGCAGUGUAAAGUCUCCUCCAGGGGCACGUAGUCCACUGCCUCUUAGGCAGUCAUGAUCCCCCAUCUACUGUCCUGACUUCUGGCAGCGUGUGUUGCUGUCAGUGAUGGCAAGUCCUUUUCUUCCUUAGAAGCCAUUAGGAACAGGUCAUGGGUGGAAUGAGUUCUUGGUGGCGUACUGACAUAAAUAAUUGAAGCUUUCCUAAAAGUAGUCAUUUUGUUGGGUCAAAUCAAAUCAGUUUGAACUUUGUGCUUGGCAGUAGACAUGUUUUAGGCCCAUUUGCAGAGGGCCACCUCCCUGGUGUUUCUGUUCUUGCUCACCUGCCUGUUAGGGGCUGUUUCCAUCCAACAUCCUGUGUGGCUGCGUCUGUAUGUGUGCAGGAAUCCCCGUACUCUUCCACUUCCUCUUCAGGGGUCCCCAGAUAUUGCCAAGAUCUUGGUGCAAUAAAGUAAUGCAUUUUUUUUUUGUGAUA